GGGCCUCCCGGCCCCACCGGCACUCGGCGAGCCGAUCGCCCAGCCUGGCGCAGAUGCCCCGGCUGUCGGAGCAGCGGCCGCUGCAGCACAGGGCGCUCGAGGCCCAGAGCAUCGAUCAGAGAGUGACCGACAGGAAGAGGCGGUCUGGCGUCUCGCCGCGGGCGCAGCUCAGCAAGUCCGUGUCGCUGCCGCAGCUGGCGCAGGCCGGGCCGCCGCAGCAGGCCUCGCCGGCGGCGUCGCAGCGCGCGCGGAAGGCCGCCGUCGCCCCCCUCGCCGCCAAGCCCUUCUCCUCGCCGGCCUCGCCGCACGCGACCAGCGCCGGCUCGACGUCGCCGGGGCCAGCGCCCACUGAGACCUCGAGGCUGGCGGAGACAAUGCAGCGCGCGCUGAAGAGCGGCCUGUCGCAGUCGCACAUCAACGGAGCGGACAAGGCGCUGGCGCAAGAGCGCGAGAGCCAGGCGCUGACGAUCGCGGUGCUGAAGGGCAACAAGGAGGGUAUACGCCAGGCCCUCGCCAGAGCGCAGAAGGCCGGCGUGAGCAGGACGCUGAUCGACAGCGCCAAGGGUCAGGUGCACCAGCUGGAGUCGUUCGACCUCAUGGCUGCGGCCAUUCAGUCCGAGGACGUCGAGGCGCUGAGGUCCGCGAUAUCCAUGGCGCGGAGGGCGGGAGCCCCGAGUCAAGACCUCCAUGCCGCGGAGGAUAUGCUUGCCCGCAUCGAGGCACGCGGGCGGCUCAGGGAGGCCAUCGAGCUGAGGAGGGAGGAGUCUCUGAAGUGGGCCAUCAACGAGGGGGAGAUACUCGGCCUGCAGUCCGUGGACGACCCCAGCUCGAAGAAGAAAAAUCCGCGUAAGCGUAAACUUUUGGCGCUCCGUGCGGACUUCUUGGAGCUGCGCUGGGCACUCCCUGGCGGCGCCUCCGGCGCCGCCCCUGGCGCGCUCCGCGGGCCAGGGAGGGGGCCCAGCGCAGAUCCAAGAAACCCGUGCGGAGCGCCACAAGCUUGUUUCUGCGCCGCUGUUUCUUCUCCUGCCAUCCUGAUUGAGGCCAAGAACGUGCUGAAGAGUCUGCGCGGCAAGGCCUGA